AUGUGUCCAGUACGAGUUGGUUCGGAGCACGUUGCCACGGCGACACUUCCUGCCUCCUUUAACGAUCUGUUACCUCACUUCCUGGUGGAGCCUGACGAUGAGUACAUAGUGAAGAACAAGCCCGUCGCCCUGACCUGUCGCUCCACCCCGGCAACCCAGAUCUACUUCAAAUGUAACGGGGAGUGGGUCCAUCAAGAUGAUCACCUGAUCGACCGCACCGUGGACCCUGCAACAGGUCUGCCCAUCAUGCAGGUGAAAAUAGAUAUCUCCAGACAGCAGGUUGAGAAGAUCUUUGGUCUGGACGACUAUUGGUGCCAGUGUGUCGCCUGGAGCACUACGGGAACCCAGAAGAGCCAAAAGGCAUAUGUCAGGAUCGCCUACCUGAGGAAGAACUUUGAGGAGGAGCCAAUGGGGAAGGAAGUCUCGUUGAACCAGGAAGUGUUGUUACGCUGUCAUCCUCCAGAGGGUGUACCACCACCUGAGGUGGAGUGGCAGAGGAACGAGCAUGUGAUCGACCCGGUAAGCGAGCCCAACUUCUUGGUGACUGGGGACCGUAAUCUGAUCAUCAAACAGGCCAGGCUGGCGGACACGGCCAACUACACCUGCGUGGCCAAGAACAUUGUGGCACGACGCAGGAGCUCCCCCGCCACCGUUCUGAUCUACGUGAACGGAGGUUGGUCUACCUGGACAACGUGGUCGGCGUGCAGCGCAGUUUGUGGGAGGGGCUGGCAGAGGAGGAGCCGCAGCUGCACCAAUCCCACGCCGCUGAACGGGGGCUUGGCCUGCGACGGACAGAAUGUCCAGAAAAGCGCCUGCACCGCCACCUGCCCAGUAGAUGGAGGUUGGAGUGAUUGGUCUAAUUGGUCUGAGUGCGGAGUGGACUGCUCCAUGUGGCGCAGUAGAGAGUGUACCCAGCCCUCGCCUGGCACCGGGGGCAAAGACUGCCAGGGCAUCGACCUCCAGUCACUCAACUGUACCAGCCAACAGUGUCUACAGACUGCCAAUGGAGUUGAGGAUGUGGCCCUGUAUGUGGGUAUUGUAGCCGUAGCUCUCUGUCUGACCCUCAUCCUCAUCGUGGUGGUCCUGGUCUACCGCCGUAAGAAGGAGGGUCUGGACGCUGACGUAGCGGACUCGUCCAUCCUGACCACGGGCUUCCAGCCUAUGGGCAUCAAGCCUAGCAAGCCAGAGAACUCCCAUCUGCUUACCAUCCAGCCGGACCUAACCACCACGACCACCAGCUACCAAGGAACCCUGCGCUCACGCCACGACGGCAUCACACACACCGGCACCGCUAAGUUUUCAAUGACCAACGGUCCGCUCCUGGACCCCCUACCCAACGGGUCGCACCACACCUUACACAACGGGAAGAUGACCUCUGACCCUGCGGAGUUUAUGACCCGCCUGUCCAAUCAGACGUACUUCAAGACGUUGCCGCGGGACGUGGCUAACACCUCGUAUGGGACAUUCAACUUCCUGGGGGGUAGACUCACCAUCCCCAACACAGGCAUCAGCCUGCUGAUCCCUCCAGAGGCCAUCCCCAGGGGAAAGAUCUAUGAGAUAUAUCUCACUGCUCAAAGGAAAGAAGAUUUAAGGUUACCCCUGGUGGGCUGCCAGACCCUGCUGAGUCCCAUAGUGAGCUGUGGUCCUCCGGGGGUGGUUCUGACGCGGCCCACAAUUCUCAGCAUGGACCAUUGUUCUGACGCCUGUCCUGAGAACUGGGCCAUCAGGCUGAAGAAACAGAACUACGAGGGCGUCUGGGAGGACGUCUUAAUGAUGGGAGAGGAGUUGAUCUCAGAGCCGUAUUACUGUCAGCUGGAGGCAGAGACGUGCAGAGUGUUCUCGGAGCAGUUGGGUCGUUUCUCUCUGGUGGGAGAAUCUCUAAACAUGUCCGCAGCUAAGCGUCUCCGUCUGGUGCUCUUCUCUGACACAUACUGCUCUACCCUAGAGUAUAACAUCAGAGUCUACUGCAUGGAUGAUACACAAGAUGUCUUCAAGGAGGUGAUGCAGAUGGAGAGACAGCUAGGUGGUCGUCUGAUUGAUGAGCCCCACGUCCUGCUGUUUAAAGACAGCUACCACAACCUGCGCCUCUCCAUCCACGACAUGCCCCAGGCACACUGGAGAAGCAAACUACUGUCUGGAUACCAGGAGAUCCCGUUCUACCACAUCUGGAACGGUUCCCAGCGGUUCCUCCACUGUACCUUCACCCUGGAGCGGCUCAACCUCAGCACCUGUGAGCUCACCUGUCAGCUGUGUGUCUGGCAGGUAGAGGGAGAGGGACAGAGCUUCGGUCUCGACUUCAACAUCGCCAAGGACAGUCGACCCCUGGACCCGGAGUUCCUGCUGAUGGACAAUAACCCUAGCGGCUCAGCUCUAGCAGGACCCAGUGCUUUCCAGAUCCCCUAUCUCAUCAGGCAGAAGAUCUGCAGCAGCCUGGAUACACCUUGUCCCAACGGGGCCGAUUGGAGACUGUUGGCCCAGAGACUCAAACUGGACAGGCACAUGAGUUUCUUUGCGUCCAAGGCGAGUCCCACCAGUGUGAUUCUGGAUCUGUGGGAGGCCCAACACUUCCACAGUGGAAACCUGAACCAGCUGGCCACCGUCAUGGCCGACAUCGGGAAACAGGAAGCUAUGAUCUUCCUGGUCUCAGACGGAGAGUGCUAGCCCAGGCUUUGUCCCAAUACUGCACCCUAUUCCCUAGAUAGUGCACCAAAGUAGGUGACCAACUAGGUAAUAGGGUGCCAUUUGAGAUUGGCCCCCUAAACAGAGAGAGGACUGGAACAGGGUAGAAUAUACAGACAAGAGAGGAGAACGCCCCCCCCUUUCUCCCCUCCUCUUCAAGAGAGGAGAGGAGAAUGGAACACUCCCCCUCUCUCUCCCCUCCUCUACAAGAGAGAAGAGAAGAAUGGAACACUCCCCCUCUCUCUCCCCUCCUCUACAAGAGA